UUGAAAAGGGAUGGGGAAUGCAGGAGAUUAAUGUUGCAAUUUUAAGUAGAUUGGUCAGGAAAGGUUUCGUAGAUAAGGCGACUUUUGAGACUUAUCUAUCAGGUCAGUUGUGGCAAGGCCCUGCUGGAGAUCCUGUCUUAAAAUACUCCCUUAGAUAAACCCCUACGUGACGUACUUACUGUUUUCCAUUUCCAGGAGGCGAUAUUGUUUACCCGCAGUAAAUAUGGCGGAAAAAAGCUUCAGUCCCCCACACUUGGGCCCGCUCAACAAAGAUGGCGACAGCACUUCCUGUGUUUGCCCUCAACAAAGAUGGCGACAGCACUUCCUGUGUUUGCCCUCAACAAAGAUGGCGACAGCACUUCCUGUUCAGGGGCUUCGCCUUCAACAAAGAUGGUACUUAUGGUACAGGUUCCUUAACAGUCUGGAUUCCGGUUGCGGUUUUUUUUUUUUUUUCUUUAAAUACAUGUUUGCAGACGGAGAAAUGGAGGCUAGAGACAAGCAAGUGCUUCGCUCCCUUCGCCUGGAGCUGGGUGCAGAGGUACUGGUGGAGGGACUGGUUCUUCAGUAUCUUUACCAGGAAGGGGUCUUGACAGAAAACCACCUUCAAGAAAUCAAAGCUCAAGCCACAGGCCUUCGGAAAACAAUGCUGCUGCUGGAUAUCCUACCUUCUAGAGGUCCUAAAGCAUUUGAUGCAUUCCUAGAUUCCCUGCAGGAAUUUCCCUGGGUUAGGGAGAAGCUGGAGAAGGCAAGGGAAGAAGCCAUAACUGAGCUCCCUGCAGAUGACUGGAUGACUGGUUUCCCCCCGCACAUCCUCAACAGCUCACCAUCGGACCGGCAGAUUAACCAGCUGGCCCAGAGGCUGGGCCCCGAGUGGGAGCCCGUGGUGCUGGCUCUGGGACUGUCCCAGACAGAUAUCUACCGCUGUAAGGCCAAUCACCCCCACAACGUGCAGUCGCAGAUGGUGGAGGCCUUCAUCCGCUGGAGGCAGCGCUAUGGGAAGCAGGCCACCUUCUGGAGCUUAUACAGAGGCCUCCAGGCUGUGGAGGUAGACCCCUCGGUGCUCCAGGACAUGUUGGAAUGACCCCUGCAUGCUCCACGUCAUCCUGUGGUUGGGGGAGUGUGUCCCCAACUUGUGUGUGCAGAAUCUUAACUUUCUCCAAGGGCAGGUGGUUUUGGGGGUCUUUUCUUUUUAAUGAACUUUAGAUGAAAGGAGAAAAUAGGAUUUCUGGUAUACAUUACUUGAAAGGUCAGAUUACUCAGUAGCUCUCCCACAUUGACUUGACAAUUCAUUGUUUUUAACUGCUUAAAGAUUGCAUUGUUUUAAUUGUGCAGGUUUUUAAUUUUGUGGGUGCCUUUUAAUAAACUGGUAAAUCAUAAUGGCUCAAAAAAAAUUACUGUGUUAUCACAUUACAUGUAGGUGUCCUGUAUAUAAAGCAUCCACUUCUGUAUUGCCUGGGAACUGACCUAUGGAUUUUGCUAUUAAUGGGGAUGAUCAUAAAAAGUUAAUUUACUACAUAUAAUAUGGCCCUUUCGUCAGAUAGGAUUGUUUGUUUUUUCUCAUUCCUGUAGUGCAUAGAUUAAGAGUGUCAAAUAACGUAGUUAUUUUUUUGAAACAGAAUUACUAGUAAUAACAAAAUGGUUAUUUUCUCUAGUUAAGAUAAAUUGCUCAGGCAGGGUGUCUACAUUAAAUUCAAGACAGUGAGGCUCCCUGCAAGACCAGUUCAAGUACCAGCAUGCAUAUCUGAGCCCUUCAUCUUUAAAAGAUUGCUUAAGAAAAUCCUGUGCCGUUUAUUUAAAUAAUUUAUUUGGGGAACAAAGGAGGAUGUGGUCUUUCCAUUGGGGUAGUCAUGAUUGAAGUGUUAUGUUCCUAAGGAGUAUGAUUUAGUCUUCUGUCUUUUUAUUAAUGACACUUGGUAUUUGUCAAAUGCUUUACUGUUUUCAAGGUUUCUCAUAUAUGUGGUCUCAUUUGAGCCUCACAAAAAUCCUGUGAAGUGGUUGGGCAAGAGAGGUGAGCCUCCUUCUGUAGUGAGAUCAAGUGAUUUUUCUGGGGGUGAAUUGUCUAGAAUGUCCAAUGUCUUUGGAGCACUUCUCCUUUCCAACUGCUCCAUGCUGAUUCUCCUCCUCUCUCUCACAUGCUCCUUGAAGAAGCUUGAGUCCUGCUCUUCUCCUGCUAGCAGCAUUGCCUUGGACAAGUUGCUCCUCUUCUCUAAUCCUCUACAAAUGAGGACAUGAGCGUCCCCUCCUCCAAGGUUUUUGUAAUAAUUAAAAGAAUGUCUGCCAAGGGUUCAUCUAGUGCCUGGUCUUUAGUCAGUUCCCAGGAAAUGGUAGCUGCUAAUUUGCUGCUGUGGCUGCAUGUGGCUCAAGUUCAGAGGCAAAGCUGAAUAGUGGCUAAAGCUGAAGAGACUGCAGGAGGAAGUGCUGUUACCAUGUUUCCUGCUAAGCUUUAACAUGUGAUAUAAUUUACUGACUCUCCCAUGGGUCCAAUCAACAGAGAGGGAGAGAUAAAUAUUCCCACUCUGUGAUCUGUUCUGAAUAACUGGGGAGUCUGUUUCCUAAUCCUAACCAAACUCAGGACUUUUUUCAAAGGGAAAAAAACUAUACUUUUUACCUCUCUCUAUUCCAGGACAAGCAUAUAGAAUGGUAGAGUUGAAUGUGAAGUGGGUGCUCAAAAAGGUGACAGUGGCAUGUCGAUUGCAUUCUCUCAGAUGUCUGGCAACCAUAUUCCCUUUACUGAAAAAAGAUCAAUUACUUUUUACAGUUCAACAAACGGUUCAAAAUGAUGGUCUUCUGGCCUCAUAAGUUCUAAUUUUCCAUUUUGUAGCCCAGCCAUUAAUUCAUUGUCUUCUAAAAUUUAUAGACUUCUGGCCCCAUCACUGAGCUAGUGAUAGCCUGACUUCUCUGCAUCUUCAGCCAAUUGCCUGUCAUUCUGAACCUUGGACUUAUUACAUUGCUAUUUGCCCCCCUAAGUUUGCUAAUAGAGAGUUGCUUGGACUUUUGUUCUCACCACAUUUAUAGCCACGUGAGUAAGGCUGGGCUUUGCUGCAUCUGACUAAAUGGCAUUUUAGAAGUGGAUCUGAUGAUUAGUUCAAUUUCCCACCAUUUGCUUGGAAUGAGAAUCUAUCAUGUACAAAGACACUUCAGUGCUUUGUGAGCAGCGAAGGACAAUUUGUGAUGGACUGGCCCAUCUGGGGCUGCCAGGGUCAUUAGAGAGCUCUGACUUGCUGCCCUUAAUGAGCAGGGUGUCUCCACCAUCAAACGGCAGCUGCACCUGCUGGGCCUGCUCACGUUCUGGCAGAAAACUUGCAGAAUGCAAGAACAGAGCAUCUUAGUCACUACCUUGUUUCUGCCUCUGGGUGUGGAAAGUGAUACUGAAUGGCAUCUGCCCACCUCCCAGGAGAAUCAGGUAGGUGAUGUGCCUACAAGGAAGGAGUCUAUGUGUUUUUGCAUGGGAGAAGAUUCUACAGUUCCAGAGGCUCCCUACCCCCAACAGAAUUCUGGAUGAGUACAGUGCAGUGGCAGAGCACUUGCCAGCACUGACCAAGAAAAUAUAAAAUCCACUUUGGUUUGAGAUGCACAUGCACAUGCAUUCAUGAGUAUGCCCUCUUACUUUUUAAAAACUGUAACUUUUAUGAGAUUUUUUUAGGACAAAAAUAGUGCAUGCUCAUUAUAGCAGUUUAAAAAAUACUAAUGAGCAAGAAUAAAAAAAUUAAAAAUUACUCCUACUUCUGUUUUCCAAAGAUAACCACUGUGACAUCUCACUUUUAAUCUCUACCCUUAGUUACUUUCCUAGGGCUACAUAUUCUUUUUAAGAUGAAAAUAGGAUUGUAUCAAAUCAACUAUAACUAUAAUAAGUAGUUAAAGGAUACACAACAGAUGUAGGUAUCACAAUCCUAGUUUUCAAAACAUACUGUAAAGCUGUAGUAAUCAAAAGUAUGGUUCUGACACAAAAACAGACACAUGGGUCAAUGGAACAGAAUCAAGAGCCCAGAAACAAACCUAAACAUACAUGGUCAAUUAAUCCGCAACAGAGGAGGCAAGAAUAUGUAAUGGGGAAAAGACAGUCUCUUCAACAAAUGAUCCUGGGAAAAACUGGAUAGUUACAUACAAAAGAAUUAAAAUGAAACAUUCUCUCACACCAUUCACAAAAAUAAUCUCAAAAUGGAUUAAAGACCUAAAUAUGAGACCUAAAACCAUAAAACUCCUAAAAGAAGACACAGGCAGUAAUAUCAUAGACAUUAAUCUUAACAAUGUAUUUAUGGAUCGGUUUCCUCAGGCAAGGGAAGCACAAGCAAAAAUAAACUAUUGAGACUACAUCAAACUAAAAAGCUUCUGCACAGCAAAAGAAGCCAUUAAUUAACAAGACAAAGGCAACCUACUGAAUGGGAGAAAAUAUUUGCAAAAGAUAUAUCUGCUAAGAGGUUAAUAUCCUAAAUAUAUAAAGAACUCAUAUAACUCAACACCAGAAAAAUAAUCCAAUUUAAAAGUGGACAGAAGACCUUAACAGACAUUUUUCCAAAGAAGACAUCCAGAUGGCCAACAGACACAUGAAAAGAUACUCAACAUCACUCAUCAUCAGGGAAAUGCAAAUCCAAAUCACAAUGAGCUAUCACCUCACACCUGUCAGACUAGCUAGUAUAAAAAAGACCAGAAAUAACAAGUACUGGUGAGAUUGUGGAGAAAAGGAAACCCUUGUACACUGUUGGUGGGAAUGAAAAUUGGUGCAGCCACUGUGGAAAACAGUAUGGAGAUUCCUUAAACAAAAAAAAGUAUCAUACAAUCUAGUAAUUCCACUUCCAGAAAUUUACCCAGAGAAAAUGAAAACCCUAAUUUGAAAAGCUAUCUGCACCCCUCUGUUUAUUGCAGCUUUAUUUACAGUAGCCAAGAUAUGGAAGCAACCUAAGUGUCUGUCGGUAGAUGAAUGGAUAAAGAAGAGGUGGCAUACAUAUUCAAUGGAAUAUUCCUCAGCUAUUAAAAAGGAAUGAAAUCUUGUCAUUUGUGACAACAUAGAUGAAAUUUGAGGGUAUUAUGCUAAGUGAAAGAAAUCAGACAGAAAAAGACAAGCACCAUAUGAUUUCACUUACAUGUGGAAUCUAAAAAAUAAGACAAACAAAAUAAAAUAAUAACAGACUGAUACAUACAGAAAAGAAAAUGUUGGUUAUGGAGUGUGGGGGCAGGAUGGGUUGGAAGGGCCAGUGAAAUAGAUGAGAGGGAUUAAGAAGUGCCAAUUUCUAGUUAUAAAAUACAUAACUCAUGAGAAUGCAAUGUACAGCAUAGGGAACAUAAUAAUAUUGUAAAAAACUUUGUAUGAUGACAUAUGUAAACUAGAUUUAUCAUGGGGAUGACUUCAUAAUGUGUAAAAAUAUCAAAUCACUAUGAUGUGCACCUGAAACUAAUAGGAUAUUGUAUGUCAAUUAUACUUCAAUAAAAAUAUGGGAUUGUAUUAUA